AAAACUGGGAAGAGGCACAGCCUGGGGGGGCAUGUUUGGCUGUACCCAAAGGCAGGUUGGCUGGCAGAUGUCUCACCUGUGGGUCUGAGCUGCAGCAGUACUGGGUAACCCUCCCACAGCCAGCGUUGGGGGUCAGGCUGCUGGAGGGCUGAUAAAAGGAGUGGGUUCGCUGGCAGACAGCCUCAGAGCCUGGAAAAAGCCCUCCCCCAGUCACUCCUUAUCUCAGUGCUGGCACAGGACAGCACUCCCAGCCUGCCUCUCUGCCCUGUUUCCCCACAGUGGACUUGAGCCAGCAGUGUCACCUCCGCCCCUCCUGCCACUGGGUGCUGCAGGAGGAGAGGGCUCUGGCACGGCCAGGCCAGGCUUCCUGCCCAGUUUGCUGCCUUGCAGAGUCUGUGCCAUUGUUACACACACAUACACACACACACACAAAUACACAAACACUCCCCUUGCAUGAACAGGCCUGUGGCAGAAAUGGGUGAGUUAGUCAGGAGGGGUUGAAUCACAGGGGAAUGAGUCAGCAGGAAGCAGAAGGCAGGUGCUUGUCCAGGACAGGGCUUUAAGAGAGCCCAAGGGUCUGGCAGCUCAUGCCAGGUCCCUGGGAGGUGGGGUGAGGGUGCCGAAGGAGAACUGGGAAAGCCACAGGGCUUAGCAGGUGGAGGCAAUGCCUGUGGCUUGGGAACAGGCCGGAAUCUUAGCUACGUGCUAAACCUAUUCUCUGGCCACAUCUCCAGCUGUGGGUAUGCUGCUAUCCUGGAAAGGCUUGGGGCAUCCUUAGUGCUGAGGCUUUCCCAGGAGGUACCAGAGAUAAGCACUGCAAGAGAGAAGUGCAGCAACCAGGUAUCCCUGCCUCCAGGGCAUGGGGUGGAUCUUCAUCCCCUUGCAGGCCGUGGAGUGUCCAGCCAGCUCUGGGCAAGCUGAGCAGGUCUCUGUACUGGUCAGAUCCUGCCCAGUAACCUUCACAUCUUAUCUGAGAGAGUAAGUGCAGGAUGGAAAAUGAGCGAUAUGUGCUGGAGCAGAGAAUGAUGAACAGAUAGCUCUGGAUUGAGUGAACACAGCAUGGAGGGAGAGCUGGGAUGCAGAUGAUGUGCUGGAGAUUUGAGGACGUGGUUUGUUGUUGGCUCCAAAAUCCCUUGUGUAAUCUGGGCUCUGCUGCAGACCCUUGAGAGUACUGCAGGGGUCACAGUUGGCUGCUUCCCUCAUCCAAGGGCCUGCUCUGGGCUGUUGUGUUUCCAUCUAGCCCAGCUGGUCUCUGCAGCGUUGGACUCCUAAUUGUCCUGCUCAUCUCUCCUGAGGAGAGGUCUCUCGCAGGGAGGCAGGCUUGGUAUCAGUGCUACAGGGGCAAAACCAAAGCACUCUCUGUCUAGGGCCAGACUUCUUGGAACAGUUGACUGGGGCUCCUGUCUCAGGAUCACCUAGGUGUGUUGCAGCAGGCACUGGUAUUGCUACCAGCCAGAGCAAGGAUCAGAUACUUGAACAAAAGCAGCCCCCACUAAUCUCAGUGUUGAGGCAAGACUCUUUUUUCAGCAUCCUCCAGGUGUGCAGGUGCAGGUACCUCUUGUCCUUCCUAGAGGCACUCCUGGCAGGAGGGAACCCAGUAGGCUCCAACAGUCUCCAGAGAUGAGCUCUGGCUUCUUGUGUGCUGCCGUGGGCAGAGGCUGAAAGCGAUGGGCUAGUGCAGCCAGGCAGAGGGGAGGCAGCAAGGUGGGCUCUCACUGCUGCUGGAAGCUGUGGAUUUGCAGUGAAGCUGGAGCUGGGCUCUCUCGGGAAGUGCCCAGGGACAGGAUGAGAGGCAAUAGCACAUGAGGGAAAUUCCAAUUAGAUAUUAGGAAAAAUAUUUCCCUGCAAGGCAGCUAGACUCUGGAGUAGGGCCCAGAGAAGGGAAGCAAUCUACGCAUUCGGUGACUUUCAGCCCUUGCCAGGGGCAAACCCCAAGCAAUUUGCUUGAGCUUGACCCUGCUGUUAGCAGGAUUGGACCAAAACCCUCUGAGGGCCCUUCCCACCAUUGUUGUUCCUCAGUUCUGCAGUUCUCGGAGUGCUUGGCAAUGUCACAUCUCGUGGCCUAUUGGACUGACUGGCUUGGAGGGAAAUGGAGGAGUCAGGGUGUUGUUCUGUCCUAUCUUGGUCUCAUCCACACAGUAUUAACUGUGCCAGGAGAUGGAGGAACUGCCUUAGCAGCAUUGCUCAGCUCAUUGACUUGUCCCAGCCUAUCUUAGCUGGAGCACCCAUCUCUCUGAAAGUCUGCAUUACUUCCUCCCCACGUGAGCACAAGAAGCAUGUGGGCAGUGAAGCACAGAGUGUAAAUCAUUCUCCCUGCUCUGCUGGCAGCACAGAGCCAUGAUCUGUAGGGGGGUGCUGAUGUUGUUGGAAGGCUGGUGAGGAUGCUGGCCCCCAGCCCUCCAGCUGGAUGGGCUCCAGGUUUAUCUUCCCCAUGAUGCCUGUCCCAGAGACAGUGGUGAUUGGAAGGGAAGUCACCAGUAGCCUUUUAGAGGUUCCAGCUGCCUGACCAUCCUCAGCAGAUGGAGGAUGAGAUGAGCCCAAAGGACUGUCUGGAAAGAAUUAUUUGCUCCCAGUAUUUUCUGUUUCUUUGCCAACCUUUUAUUCUCACGGUUGCUCUUUUCCUGAUCCUGUCCUUCUGCAAGAAGGCUGCUGGCAGUCUUAUCAGCCUUGUGUUCAGAAACGGUCUCACUCUGCGAUUUAUUGUAUCUCCAAGCUUUGACCCCGGUCUGAUGCUGCAGAAGCCUGUGUCUGGUGUGUCAGUGCUCAGAGGGUGUUUACAGUGUUUGCCCCAUCCCGUCUGCAAGAGUAAUGAACCAGAGCAAAGCGGUCUGCUCGUAGCCAUGGUGCCUGGGUCAAGCUGGCCUGCAGCAGGAGCUACGUCUGCUCUCUCAUCUGGCAGAGGCUGGGUGGAUGUCCAGGCUCCCCAGAUGCUUUUAUAUGGAUUUUCAAUGUCUAGGACAUUGCCAUGAAGCUUUGUUAGUCCCCAGAUCCCUUCUCAAGUUGCUUCUUUCAGCCUUUUCCUCAGGCUCAUUGCCCCUGGGCUGCGAUGGCUCUCACUUCCUCAUCAGUCCACUUGUUACUCAGUAAUGCUCUGGACAUUCUGGUAUCAUUUGGAUAUCCCUGUUACAACACCCGUGAGUAUUGAGAGCAGCAGGAUCUGGUGGUCUGGGCCAAGAGGCCCCUGAGGUCUGUUCCCAGCUGCAGGUACAAGUGCUGCCCAGCUGGAGAUGAACUGGUUUCUGGUAGCACUUGGAGAGCUCUCAGGUACCUCACAGGCUCUGUCUGCCUAUAAGGGUCAGGUCUCGAGGGACAUCUGUGUCCUCAACAGCAUGGCUGCCACCAGAGUUGAAGGCGUUUUGGACCCAGCGUCCUUGGGCUGGUUUAUGAGGUCUCUGAGCUUUGUGUGUUCCCACAGAAGCAGCAGAGCAAAACAUGGGUGCAACAGUGGCAGCAGGCAGAGUUUGCCCAGGGUUCUUGCAGAGACUGAUGUGGGGGCUCGUGCCCUGCACACAAGGGUUGUCCAAGAAUGCAGCUGCCUUUUGAACCUGUCCCUGUUCACUGUUGCUUCCAUGAAGAUGGAGGAUGCUGAUAUGCCAGUGCCCCAGUCCCUACAGGUUGCACGCGCCAGAUAGCCCCAAGGGCACGUCCUCUCCAGCCUCUUCCUGGUUUGAACCAGUUGAGGUUUGGCUUCCUCUCCAUCUCCAUGCAACACCCAGGUGCCAGGUGGAUUUCCCCUUCCAUCCAGAGGGCAUCCCUGGCCAUGAGCAUUGCUCAGAGCCCUGGCAGCCCUACAGGAACCCCUGUGGAGGGGGUGGCAGGUGCACUGGGCAGACGGCUCUGCUGUCAGUGGGACCCCAUGGGUGGUUCAGUGUGUGUGGACUAGGAGGUUUGCCAGUUUCACAGGAUGUAAUAGGAGCUAGACUGUCUCCCACUGCCCUGUGUAUGGAUAUGCCUGCAGUCAGACAUGACAGUUCCUCCUACCCCCUUGCUUCCCUUCUAAGUGGCUUGUGCUCUCAUGUGUUUGACUUCAUUACGGGCAACAGUAUGAGUGUUUACAGAUGAAAACUGUGACACCCUUUUCCUAAUUCCAGCAGGGUGUUUCUCACCUGCAGUCCUAAGGGAAGGAGAGGCUUUCCUUUUCCGUGACAAGGAGCAGGACAUUGAAUUCAUAGCACAAAUCCUCCUUCUCUGCUGUAGGCCUGGUUGGGUCCAGCUCUUUACAAUCAAAGAUGGAUAAAGCCUCGCCUUUAUGGCCCGAAUCCCUGCCCAGCCCAUGUCAUUCCUCUGGCCUGGGCUCGACCUGAGCUUUUCUAAAUCGCUGCUGGAUAAGGGUGAGUUGGGUGGGUGUGCACAGCCGUGUGUGUGUGUUUGCAUGUGGUAUCUCCUCCCCCUGUGCCACAUACACAUCUAGCACGGGGAGUGGAAAAGAUGCUGAAUGUCCCCACAGCUGCUGCAGCCUUAUCUGCAGGCUGCAGCUUGGUUACCAAGAGGGAGGCCCGAGUGCCUGUGCUCAAGCACCUCCCUUGCAGGGCUCUUACAGUAAAAAGAAGUGUAUUGCAAGAGGGGCUGCAGUGGAGAUGGGCAGUUCCACCAGGCAAAUCCUGUGUGCACAACCCUUGCUGCCCUCCCCACUGCAGACACUUGGCCUGCUCUCUCUGCCAACGUGUAGAUUUGACGCCUGUGUCCGGAGCUGAUCAGAGUAAUUCAGCAUCCCUGGGACUUUCUCCUCUGCUCUGCGGUGCCCAGUGACCAUUUGGGGAGGUAGGGAAAGGUGAUGCUGCCGUGGUUCUCUCAGGUGGGUCUCAGGGACUCAUCAGAGGAGUGUGUGUGAUGAGGCAUGGGCUGGUGGGGCUGCAGAUGUGUGGCAACCAGGGGUGGGAGGAGAGUGGGGUAACUUGAGGUGUGAGCUGCAGCAAUAAGGAGGCAACAGAGCACAGGUAAGGAGCUGGGGACACCCCCUGGGGGGUUGAGGAAACAGGGCAGGACCUGCGAGUGGUGGAGGUUGGGGUGGGUAUGAAGAAGAGCACACUUGUGGGGAUACAGAACCCAGCUGCCACGUGAAGGAUGUGGGGAAGGUGAAGUGGUGUGCAUCUGGGUUCAGGCAGUGUGGAUGGCUACAGGGUGUCAGGGUACAGAAGGAGCUGGCUUGGUAAGGCGCAAAACUGGGGCUGUGGGUGCCUGGGGCUGUAUACAGUGGUGAACAGAGAAGAGAGGUGAGAGCAGAGGUGGGAGCAAAAGGGAUCCCAUCACCUGCUGAUUUCUGUGCUGUCUUCUUCUGGCUCAGAAAGCGUCACCCCACUGCCAGAGCUCCCUGUCAGAGGCUCCUAUUUCUGUACCCAGCUAGUGGUGCUGGAGAACGGGCUGGGCUGUUCAUGCUGCACAUAUAGAUCAGGCUUCCCAUGGUGCACUGCCCAGGACAGGGAGCUGACAGGAUGGGAGUUACUGUAAGUGAUUGCCUUGCCACUGGAAUUGAGUUAAACAGGUUGGAAUAGGGUUUGCAGGGCUUCUGAUAACACCAACCCCAGGAUGUUAUUCCUCCUCUUGGGAGAUCAAGUAAAAAGGACUAUUACUGCUAACAUUUGUGCAUUACUUAGAAUGGUGAGGGCCUAGUCCAGCUUGGACCUGGGGGAUGCCUCCCUUGGACAAAUACCCUUAUUGAACUUGAGACGUGGCAGCAUGUUGGUGCCCUGGUCAUGGCCAGAGACCUCAGGUGUCAUGCAAGCACAGAGCAGAAGUGGCCCCUUUGCCAAGACCCUCUUGCCUUCUCACAGGCAUCCUGUAACUGGCGACAUAGGCAUGUGACUUUGUAAUCACCAACGGUGGAAAAUUUUCCAUUGCUUGCAGUUGGCAUCAAGGUCUGGCCUGGAGCAGCCAGUCUGCAUGGUCACCCAGUGGCCAGGGUCCCUGUCCCUCAGGCCACCGCCCCUGGAGAGGGACAAGAGGACUGGAAGGGAGCUGGCCGACAUGUCCCUGUGCCUGGGUGGCCAGGGGCUCACUUUCACUGCAGGUACUUUCUUUGUUGCCUCAGGGUGACAGCUGAGGCCACUGUGGUGCUGCAAGGCCAGCACCCUGGGGCUCCCCAGGCUGGCAGGCACGGUGCCGGCUGCACCUUCCCCUGCAGACGAUGGUGCACGGCAGCUACACCAAGGUGAAAGGACGCAGCUUUUUAUGAAGCAGAGCCAGCCCGGAGGAAUUCGCUGCUUGUGGACAGCUGUUGUCCUGGGCCUGGCUUGUGUCCUCCAGCACUUCCCACUCGGCCCUUCCUCGGGGAGGGGAAUGGGAGCUGCCUACCCUCCAGACUCCCUGUGCCAGGCGAGUGGGUGCCACCUCCGGCUCGCGGGGCUGAAUAGCCGCGGUGGAGCCCAGCAGCAUCCUGCUGCCUCUGCAGGGAUCCUCUUGGGCAGCGGAGAGUUUUCCCCACCCCCAGCUCUGCCGCUGCCUCUUUGUUUUCUGGCAGAAGCCUCUGUGCCUUUUCAUUGCCGUUGAGGCGCCGAGCAGGAGCCUACAUGUGCCGUGUGCGCGUCUCGCCGGGAAUGUGAUGCGGGCUGGGAAGCCUGCCGGGCCAGGCAUCUCCCCUGCAGGGCUGCGGAGGCCAGACGGCAGCUUCGGGGUCUCCUUCCCAUGGACUGUUCCUCCGGUCGAGCAAGGCUCCGAGGCCGCUAGUCUUCUUCACAAAACCCUGUUUCGCGUUGGCAGCGCUUCUGCACCUUGCCACAAGUAGAGCAUCAAAGCUGCAGUGCCGGUGGAUUAUGACUGCAGGGGAGCUGUGUUGCAUCUGCAAAUCUCAGCUGUGCAUCAAGGGCACAUCUGAGCAGAGCCGCUGUGGACACUGAAGAGCUGGAGAGGACGUUGCAGAGGCUCGGAGGCACACCGUGAUGGUGGGAGCCAUUCCACGGCAGCCACGGCGCUUCUGGGGGGUGCCUGACUGGCAGGUGUCUUCAGCUGGUUGUGCCAACGACCGCCUGCUGUGGGACAGGGAAGUUAAUCCGGAGAUAAGCAGGGUUCUGCUGCAGAGGGAUGCUGUGCUGCAGACCACUCCAUAGUGGAGAGCUCAAACAGAGAUCCUGAGCAAGGGGGGUCCAGCUUCCACCCCCUGCCCUUGCACCCUGACCUGUGGCACUUUACAGUCCCAGUCCUGCUGCUGCAUGGGCUGUUCUGACUCCGGCUCCGCUCGGAGUCCAGGCAAGUGAGGCUCCAUGCGGCACAUCCACACAGAGACGUCCCUGCCCCCGGAGCGCAGCACAGACCCCAGCCUGUCCCGGCCCAGUGGAGAGGCGCCCUUGGAGCCCUCCUCGCAGCGCUGCACCCACCGCAGCAUCCUCAUGGGCUACAACGAGACAGAGAUCAAGCGCCAGAAGGUUUACCAGGUCUCCAUCUUCUCCCAUCUCUCCAGCUCCUCUGAGAGCACGGAGCAGCGGGCAGGCAGCCAGCCGGCUGUCAAAAGGGGAUACCCUGAGCAGCGAACUCUGGAGGGGGGGCGAGAUCCCAAACGAACUCACUGGGGUGACAGGGGGGUGGAGAGCAAGCGCGAUGGGGGCCCUGGGCAGCCUUCCCUGGACGAUGACGAUUCCUUUGAGGAUGGUCUGCUGGUGGAGGAGUUAUCCCUGUGUGGCUCUGCCCAGCACUUCUCCCACAGUGGGCUGCGUGUGGUGGAGCACCGCUGUGAGGGCAGCCCCAGCCACAGCCCCAAAGCCAGCAGAGAGGACAAGUCACAGUAUGUCUCCUCGUCCUCCUCCUCCUCCUCCUCCUCCUGGCCCCAGCACAUUGCUUGCAGUACUUUGCACAUGAGAGACAGUUGCUCUGUCUCAUCGGGGGAUCAUCCCACAGACUAUGGAGAAAAUGGGGAGCCAGCAAGUGGCCACAAUGUACUUCACCUUGAAUUGCACAGUAUUGCACAAACAACCCAGUUGGACUCUGGUGGGAAGAGAGAGAAGCCAGCCAGCAGCCCAGCUCACAGCAGCAGGGCUGGUGGAGAAGAUGAAGGGUCAGUGGUAGGCAAUGGGUGCAAAGAGCCCCCAGCUCCGCAGACAGCGCUCAGUCCUGAGCCCAGCAACCUGAGCUUCCAGGAGACAACACCCUGUGGGAGCAGCCACUUCAGCAGCAGCUGCCCAGCCAAAAGGAAGUUGCUGCCUGCUGGUGAGGUUGCGGCCGACUCCUGCUCUGAGGAUGAGAGCCUGUCCCCACCGGCGAGGAAGAAGAGGGUCCUGCCAUGCCACCCUGUCCCCACAGCGUGCCGCAGCACUGAUGCCAAGGGGGCCCCUUUCUGGAAUCACCUGCUUCCUGCUGCCAAGAGUUCUGCAGAUUGCACUGCAGUCGGGAGGAGGCUGAAGAGCGGGCUGCGCCUCAAAUCGCGACAUCUCCGGAGCAGCCUCCGGAGGGGCACCAGGUCUCCCACAGCACCCUGGGCCACCACCACUGUCAGCCAUGCUCUGCUGGGCAACUUUGAGGAGUCCAUCCUGAAGGGGCGCUUUGCCCCGUCGGGGAGGAUCGAGGGUUUCACGGCCGAGAUUGGUGCCAGCGGCUCCUACUGCCCCCAGCACGUCACCCUGCCCGUUGACGUCACCUACUUCGACAUCUCUGAACACAGCGUGCCCUCACCUUUCCUGGGAGUGAUUGACUUGGAGGCCUUGGGAAAGAAGGGUUACAGUGUCCCCAAAGCUGGAACCAUCCAAGUGACCUUAUUUAACCCCAACAAGACUGUGGUGAAGAUGUUCUUGGUGACAUACGACUUCCAGGACAUGCCAGCCAACCACAUGACCUUCCUACGCCAUCGCAUCUUCCUGGUGCCCGUGGGGGAGGAGGAGGGGGCCACUGUGGCCUCCAGCGACCCACUGGGCACCAGCCCACCCCGCAGGGUCCUCUGCUACCUGAUGCAUCUGAGGUUUCACAGCUCCAAGUCGGGGAAGAUCUACCUUCACGAUGACAUCCGGCUGCUUUUCUCCCGCAAGUCGAUUGAGGUGGAUUCGGGGAUCCCCUACGAACUGAAAUCCUUCACAGAGAUGCCCAGGAACCCCUGCUACUCGCCCCGGGCCUGACUUUCCUCACCCCCCAGGGCUGCUGGGGAGCCUCCAGCCCAGCACUCUGGGGAGAGAUGAGUAACAGGCCAGCAAGCAAACACUGCUUUGAAACAUCGCCCAUCCUCCUGACCAGCACGGACACCACGCCCUGCAGCAGGGCUGGGAUCACCCAGGGGGCUUCACCCAGAGGGGCAGGGGCUGAGGAGCAGGCCUGGCACCGCAGGGACAUGCCCAAGCCUUCUGCUGGUGCUGCUCCCAGCUUGGAGACUUGUCUGUGGCUGAGGUGGAUGGGAAGUGAAGAGUUGGGCCCGGGUUCUGGGUAAGACUACUCACAUUGGCCCUGGGGGUGGGAGCAGAAAGUGUGGAAGGGUUUGUAUUUAUUAGUAUUUAUUGUUGCUGGGAGCACAGAAGAGGCUCGUGCAUAGGACCUGAGGUGCUGUGCUUGUUCUUCCCCCUGACCCUACCAGCGCAGGGCUGCCCCUUUUGGGGCAGGUCUGUGGGGACUGGGAGGGUCACUGGGGAAGGCAAAGUGACCCACCUCUUGGCCUCGGUGCAGCUCCCAGGCCAGGGCUGUGUUAAAAGACUGGGAGAGGCUGGGCCUUGCUGGGCACCAGCUCUGCAGGGCCAGCCCCACUCCAAGCAAUCCUCUGACUCCUUUAGGGCAAGGCAGACCCCAUGGGGUCAGUGGCAGUCAGGGAAGUGGCCAUUGCCCUGGUUCCUAAGGCUCAGAGACACAGCUGUCACGUGGAUGGGGACCUGGGGCUCUUUGCAGAAGCAUUGGGGAUAGCCCUCUCUGGGCAAGAGCCUCCAGAGCACGUGCACCGCGGAUCUGAGAAGAUUGCCAAAAACAAGGAGCCUUGCACCAUUUGCAGGUGUGGGGUGAAUCCCAACCAGGAGGCAGCUUUGGGCAGGGGUGUGCCGGCAGCACCAUCAGGGGCUGGAGGAUGGGCAGGACCUCAGUCCCUCGGGAGAGGGGAAGAAACAGGGACAUCAAACUCUGGGCCCUCAGGAGGGGGUCUGGGAGUGACCCCAGAGCAACACUGGGAGUGCUCCCCAGUAGGAGCACUCUGGGGAGCUGCAGGCCAAGCCCAGGGAGGUGAGGGGGGCAGGGGUGAGAGGGUGAAACAAACUGGAACAUACCUCGUCUGUAUCACCCCUCUUCCUGAGGUCUCUGCAAGGCUCCCCAAGCCCCAGAGACGUCCCCCCACCGGCUACCUCGGCCCCCCUGGAUUCCCGUUGCUUCCCACGGAUCCCAGGCCGGGGCGUGGGGAUAGGCCGGGGCGUGGGGAUGGGCCGGGACAAGGGGAGGCCUGGGAGGAGGUCCUGCUCUCCCCUGCCCGAGGGCAGCCGAGGGGACUCCGGCCCUGCUGGGCUGGGAGGAGGGUGGGGGCCUGAACCCCCUCACACACGCAGUGGGAGCUGAACCUCCCUCCCCCUGGGGGCUGCUCGCCCCACACCCGGGGCCCUGAACCCACCAAACACCCGGGGCCUGAACCCUCCACACCAAGGGACUGAGCGCCCCAAACACCAGGGGACUGAACCCCCAAACAUCGGGGGCUGCUUCCCCCCCCGCCCUGGGCACCGGGGGCCGCCAUGACACCGGGGUCUCUCUCGCCCUCACGACAUCGGGGCUGCCCCUUUCGCCGCGGGGUCGCGAAGGCCGUGCCGGUACUUUUUCGUGUUCGUUUCUAUUUUAAUAAACGCCCGUUUGGAGCCCGAGAACAA